AAAUAAAUCUAUAUUUCGUUUUGUUUCGUUUCGAAUCAAUAAAUAUGUUUUAAAUUUCGUUUCGUUUCGUCUCGUUUCGUUAUGGAAAUGUGUGUUAUCGCAUACCCUUACAUGAUGGUAUUCGCCUAUUUCUGUAAAGUGACCUAGUAAUAGUUUCCGUCAGAACGUCCGGAAUACAGGACAUAUUUUGGACUGAUAAAAUUUCUGAUCAAAUUUGGCAUAGUUUAUGCGUCGUUUCCAAUCAAAAUACAGUCGCCUCUCUACAUCUCGAUAUUGUAUUGAAGUGAUCAUUGUGAUAAGGAGAGACUGAGGAAUGGAAGGAAAUUUGAAAUGGGUACUAGAUCGAGAAUAAACUGGUUGCUAUGAAAAACGACAACAAAACAAAUGUCAUCUCUUGUUUUUGAUGUGUUUGAUAUUCUCCAAAGAUGGUCUAGUCUAGUAGCCUAGAAAUAUGAAUAUCUACUCGAGCAGGAGCAACGACCUCGAUAACAGAAAUUGGUAUGAUUUAGUCUUGCCCAAGAGGUACAAUACCAUAGAUACCAAAAACUUAUAUGCAGAAUACUUGAGGCAUACCAUGUUUAGGUAUUUCAACACCAAACCAAUAAUAAUUGGUUAUGCAUUUGGUAUUGAAAUUCAAUUUAAUAACUGAGUUUGUUAUGGCUUAAGUAUUGUGCAUAUUAGUUUUUGGUAUUAUUUUUUUUUUUUUUUUCCUCUUAUGACCAGAACACAUCGAGAUAGAGAUAUAUUUAUCGAGAUAGAGAGAUUAUCGAGAAGUAGAAAGCCCAAAUGUAUGUAGAUUGAAGGGACCGAGGAAACUAUCGAAAUAGGGAGAGACAUCGAGAUAUAGAACAUCGAGAUGUAGAGAGUCGACUAUACAUAUCUAAUAUAAACAUUCCCGAAGUGUGCGUUCUAGAAAACGGCCAAAAGCUAACACCCAUUUUGAAUCCGGAUUACCUCUGGAACCAAGUGGUCAAACCUGGAAAUCUAUAAAGUCCCGGAAAUUUGACUAAAUUUUGCAUUUUUUUGGUGAAAGUUGCGAAAAAAAUGUUAAAAGACAAAAAAGUUGCAGCCAAAAUGAUUUUUAUUUUCAUUUCCAAAAGGGAGAUUGGUAACGGUUGGGUUAAAAAAUCAUUGUUUUUUCGGAAAAAAAAAUAUUUCUCGGGUACAUAUUUAAACGUCGAUUUGUCCGAUCUGAUAGCCCUUCCACGCAAACCGUCACCAUAGACAGAUAGGAGGAGGCUUCGGCUAUCUGUUGGAGGUGUUGGUUUGCGUGGGAGUGCCAUCAGAUUGGACAAAUCGACGUUUGAAUCUUUGUUUACAAAAUCACAUACGUCCUUUUGAAUAAGUACCCGAGAUUUAAGCUCUUUUAAGUGGAAUGUAUUCAACCGUCUAAGACGAGUUCAGUACUCUCCAUUUAAUUCCACUAAUUAUUAUCCACUCAAAUAAUUAGUGGAAUUAAAUGUAGAGUACUAAACUCGCCAUUGUUUUUUGUCAAGAAUCCCUAGGUAAAUCAAAUUUUCAAAAUCGAUAUUUCUUAGAAGCUGCUGCAAUGCAUUUAAAUGACCGUUAUAAAUAUAAAUUGAUGGAAAUAGUAAAAUCUAUCCCUCAGAAGAGCUAAUUUGACCUCUCUUGUGUGAUUUUCCUAUUUUUAUAAUGCGUGAGAAAGGCACCACCUGUUUUUUUUAAAUCUCAUACUGUGAUCUGAUGAUGCAUUUUUUCCGUUCACAUUUGGGUGGUAUGGACUUCUAAAGUACUGUGCAAAUAGAUAGGGCAAGUAGAGCUCAAGUAAUGAUUCCUGUACUGAUAUUCCUUGGGCAGUACGGAGCUGACAAGGAAAACGAACAAUUUGGUCAAGCAGGCGUAUUUCAUUGCAGAAAAUGCUGACUGACAGUUUCCGUUCAGAAAUAACUAAUCGAUACAUUAUUACUCAAGUAAUAGUGACGUUUUAUUAAGAUUAUUUCUAACUAUUUUAAAAAAAUCAUUCGCGUUCAAUUUUUUCUGAUUUCCUAAGUGAAUCCUGCGCUCUGCACUUCCGUUUACAGGUAGGUAAAUUCGCAAAGUUUUCAGUUGGCCUAUAUUUCAGUUGGAAGAAGUUUGGCUAGCCAAUGAUUUACCCGAUGUCCGUUGAUAUUCAAACUUUUUAUAUUGUAGAGGAUCAGUGAGCCAAGUCCAGCGCCGACCAAGCAAUAUCAGUCGACAGUGAAGCCAGUCCUCACCGAGUGCCACUGCAGAUUCCACAUCACGCUAGCCCCAUUGCAAUCGUUUAUUUCGUGCAGCGUGUAGUGCGAAGCACAAAACUCAGUGCAAUACAAUAUUAUCGUCGGUCGUGGUUUCUGUUUCCAUACCGGAAAGUGGUUCUUUUAUUUGGAGAAAUGGAUGAUUUUAUUGAUUACGAUAUAGAAUUGUUAGAAAGUGAAGAAUUGGUUGACCUUACACAAAGUUGUCCCUCUCAAAAUCAACCACCGAAGCCGGCGUCUAAGAAAAAAAGACGGAUGGAAUUUUUCUCAAACGAUGAGAAAAAGCUACUGAUUUCAAAAGUCAAAAGUCAUCCGGCAAUUUGGAGUUUGCAGGAUCCCGAUCAUCAUAACAAUGGAGCAAUUAGAAUGGCUUGGAAGCAAAUCGCUGGUGAAUUGUGCAGAACACCUGAUCAAUGCAAGACGGCAUGGAUUGCCAUACGGGAAAGCCACCGCUAUAGGAAACGCAUGAUGCUGAAGCGGUCUGGUAGUGAUGGUGGAGAACCCUUGCCAGGUCCUUCUACAGAAGAUUUGGAUUGGGAAUUUGCUGAGGAUCUGGCAUUUCUACCAGAUAUUUCGAGGAAGAGAAAGACAUUCACGACGGCGCAGAAUGGUUCUUCACAAAUAGCGUUGGAAAGAAUUACUGGUGAUGCUAACGGAAAUUCUCAAUCUAAUUAUUUUUAUCAAACUCAUCCAUCCCAGCGCAAGCCACGAGAAGAUGAAACGGUUUCUAUAUUGGCUGAUAAUAUUGCUGAACUGAUUCAGCAUCAGAAAUCCACACCGCAAACGGACAGAGAAGAGCACCCCAUUGUGCACAAGACUGCACUAGCAAAUAUAGAUAGGAUGCUACAGCAGCUACCGCCGCACGUAAUCGAAGAUUCCCUAUUUGAAAUAACGACGUUGUUAUAUAACAAGAUAAGGCUCUACCGUAGCGAAUAGUUUGUAGUUUUCUUUUUGUAUAAACAUAAAUGUAGUGUUGAAAAUAUAAAUAAAUUCGAAAAUAAUAAAGCAUACAUAAACAAGC